GAUUAUUGAACGUGAGAAAUGAUGGCAUAAUUUUGUUGUAUAUUUGUGAGGAAGAAACAAGCUUUGAAGUUUGGUAUAAAAACAGAGAAACAAAACACGUUGGUUCUGUUUGUGGCAGAGAAAGUGUUUUGCUUCCCGCUCCUUUCGUCAACUAACUCUCUCUAUUCUUCAAACUUUAACAAAAUACAAACAUAAUACGAUUCUGUUAUCUGAAUCUUGCAAUGCCAGACACGAAACCGUCACCGUCUCGGACGGUUAUGGUUGCUGAAUCAAAGAGUAAAUUCUCAUGUUUCUAUGCAAUCUUACCGGCGGCACUUUUAUUAUGUAUUGCUCUGUUUUUCACAACUUCAGUUUUCACUCAAACCUACAAAGAGAAACUAUCAAGCUUCACGAUAAAUCCGAAUAUGGGGAGUACUAGUAGUUGUAAGAAGAAGUGCAGGCCUAGUGGAAGCGAGGCGUUACCCGAAGGUAUAGUGGCGAGUACUUCGAGUUUGGAGGUGAGACCUUUAUGGGCUCCUCCUCACCUUAAAAGGGGUCAGGGUCAUCAUGAACCACAUGUUAAGAUGAAUGUAUCAACAAACUUGUUUGCAAUGGCAGUUGGGAUAAAUCAAAAUGAUCUAGUUGACAAGAUGGUUAAAAAGUUUUUAGCAAGUAAUUUCACUGUAAUGCUUUUCCAUUACGAUAGCGUUGUUGACGAAUGGAAGAAAUUCGAAUGGCAUGAUAGUGUCAUUCAUAUAUCCGUAGCCGAUCAAAGCAAAUGGUGGUUCGCGAAACGAUUCUUGCACCCCGAUAUAGUUGCAGAAUAUGAUUAUAUUUUCCUUUGGGACGAGGACCUAGGCGUUGAAAAUUUUCAUCCUGAGAAGUAUGUUUCUAUUGUCAAAGAAGAAGGCCUUGAGAUAUCACAACCAGCACUUGAUCCUAAACUAUCGGAAAUUCAUCAUCAGAUUACUGCUCAAGGGAGGAGGUCGAAAGUGCACAGGAGAACAUAUAAAACUGCUGGUAGUGACGGAAAAGGCUGUGAUGAAAGUAGCACUGCGCCUCCUUGCACCGGGUGGAUAGAAGUGAUGGCUCCUGUUUUCUCAAAAGCUGCGUGGCGUUGUGUUUGGUACAUGAUUCAGAAUGACUUGAUCCAUGCAUGGGGACUAGAUAUGCAACUUGGCUACUGCGCUCAGGGUGAUCGAACACAAAAUGUUGGCGUUGUGGAUGCCGAAUACAUUGUCCACUACAAUCGUCCCACUCUUGGAGGCGUAGAUAAGACUACGGUUUCAGUUUCAUCUCAGGAAAAGGAAAAGGAAAAGGAUCAUAGAGUUGAUGUAAGGAGGCUGUCAUACCAGGAAUUAGAUAUUUUCCGAAAACGAUGGGAAAAGGCGGUCGAGGACGAUAAAUGUUGGGUUGAUCCAUUUUAAUAACAAAAUCAUGUACAUUUUUGUAAAUAAAAAGAAAAAACACAUCAAUUUUGUGAAGUGAAACAAAUGUAAUUCAAGAGCAUUAUGGUUUAAUCAGUAGACUUUUAUGAAUGUUUCAC